GAGUGUGUAUACGCACACGCGGCAACGCGGAAAGUGCAACGAGAUAACCUUAUCGAAAUGAGUUUCUUAUUUGCGCAUGCGCAAUAGCGUAGAACGAUAAAUAACAAAUCGCCGUAAACGUAUCCCUCGCGUUUGACAGCUGUCAUGCAGUUGUUUUGGCUAAGUUCAGUCGCGAAGCCUUUCGCGGGAAAGUGGCGGCUGGGUUACUUGGAAGGAAAAUAUAAUGAAGCAUGCGUGAAAAAAUGGCUUCUCCCUUGGAAAUCUUCGAACGGCACUGGGUAUAACCAGCGCCGUAGAGAAACAUCGCCAGCGACAGCCCAUCUCGUGCCAUGUGGAAAUCACCGUAGAGAGCGGCAGGAAUUAUGUGCAGUAGGAGCGGCUGGGAAAUGUUGUCACGAGAUGACGCAGGAAGAGGCUGCGGAGUUGAGAAGUUGCGGUGGGCCGCGGGGGAGGCCGGGACUUUUUGAGAGACUUACUACGAGAUCAUACCACGGAUAAUGGAUGAUAUUCUUGGACAGCGAUUUUUCUGUCUAGUAUUCCUUGCCAGCGCUCCCAGCCAAUUUCAUAUAUAUAUGUCUAUUUAUGUGCAUAUAUAUAUAUGCAAUACACGAAACUCACGUUUUAGAUAUAUAUCACAAAAGUAAAAGCCAAGAAAUAAAUAAAUCGAGGUAAAAAAUUCUUUAGAAAAAUUCCUUAGCAAAGUAACUACCAGCACCGAAUAUUAUCUGCUCCGUUAGUUUUAUUGAAACACGUAUCACACGAGCGGCAGAUGCAACCUUGCGAAGUAGCUCGCCAUUGCGAUCGUAGAGUGGCGAAAAAAAAAAAGAAGAAGAAAAAAACAUAAAAUUUCCAUAAAACACUCAAAGCCCCUUAAUUUCGCCAAAUUAAUUAAUAUCAUCAACACACUUUCAAUUUCACACUUUUCACUUAAAUUACUCGCACACGAAAUAUCAAUCCGCACUUAAACCAGUCACCGAUAACUUUCAUAAAGAUUCCAACGAAUCACCCAAAAUCACUAGAUUCGUCCACAAAGCAGUAUUCCCACGAGAGUCGCGAGUUCAUUGCCAAAUAAAUAUUAAAACAAGUAACCAUGUGCACAU